AAUCAGUUUCUCAAACAGUUAGGUAUACAUCCUGACUGGCAAUUUGUAGAUGUUUAUGGUAUGGAACCAGAACUGCUUAGCAUGGUGCCAAGACCUGUCUGUGCAGUGCUACUUCUCUUUCCAAUAACAGAAAAGUAUGAAACCUUCAGAACAGAGGAAGAAGAGAGAAUAAAAGCUAAGGGGCAAGAUGUCAAAUCAUCAGUGUAUUUCAUGAAGCAGACCAUUAACAAUGCUUGUGGAACAAUUGGGCUAAUUCAUGCUAUUGCAAACAACAGAGAUAAAAUGAACUUUGAAACUAAUUCUUCACUGAAAAAGUUCCUAGAAGAUUCAUUAUCGAUGACUCCUGAAGAGAGGGCCAAAUAUCUAGAAACUUACGAAGCUAUUCGUGUCACUCAUGAAUCCAGUGCCCAUGAAGGUCAGACUGAGGCACCAAGUAUAGAUGAAAAAGUAGAUCUUCACUUUAUUGCAUUAGUUAAUGUAGGUGGUCAUCUCUAUGAAUUGGAUGGGCGCAAGCCAUUUCCAAUAAACCAUGGGGAAACUAGUGACGAUUCUUUUUUAGAGGAUGCAAUAGAAGUUUGCAAGAAAUUCAUGGAACGUGACCCAGAAGAAUUAAGAUUUAAUGCAAUUGCACUGUCUGCAGCUUAAAAGCCUUUUCCAGUGGGGCUAAUCUAUUGCAAUGUAUUGUAACAAUAAAACUGUUGCCAUAUGUUAAUAGUACAAAUUUUGAUACUUCCCUAACACGUUGAUUAAUUGUAGCAUACGUGGAAUAAACUUUGCAUUUGUCCUUGCUAUAUCUUGCUGCUUGUUCCUAAAGCAACUUUGGGUAUUUAUAUACAUACAUGCAUUUUGUGCAAGACUUCUAUGUGCUGGGUUUUUCCCCUUCCACCCCCUUAAAAGUUUUGGGAAUUACUGCCUGUGAUACUCCGUCAUAAUAACGAUGAGCUAGUUCAGAGCAGGAUUGUCAUUUGUAUCAUUCACAGAUAACGUUUUGAGUGGAGUAUGUGGUAUGUUAAUGGGUAAAAACUUGAAAUAUGAGGCUAUUUCCAUCUUUUAAUUAUAAUGAUACAAGAACAUAAGAACUUUUGCAGAUGACUCAAAAGACAAAGGCAUUUUUUCAGUGCAUUAUUUGUAAAUAAAUAUAUGGAAGAAAAAAGGCAGAAAAAGGACUUUCUUCUUACUGUUGGUGAGCGCUAACAUUUUAAAAUUAUCUUAAUCUUUACAUUUUGAAUAAAACUUAAUUUUGUUUCUCAA